CUGCUCGGUAUUUACGAAUCCAUUAUUCGCCCAAGAUAUGUCGUUCAAUCGAGCCGAGAACGCUAUUCAGUGUCCUGGUGCACCGAAGAGCAAUGGAAAAUAUGCACUGGUAAUCAAGCAUGGGAACGUUCUGCAUCUUUCCGGGUGGAUGGGACAAGACCCCGAAACGGGCAAGGUCGUCGAGGGAGGUGCUGUUGCGCAGAUGGAGCAAGCUACUCGCAAUAUUGAAACUUGUCUUUUGGCCGCUGGUUCAUCGCUGGACAAGAUCAUUUCGCGUCGCCUCUUCAUCACUGAUAUGAGCAAAGUUUUCGAAGUCGAUGAUGCUUGGGGUCGUUUGCUCAAACCUCCUUAUCCUGUCAGUACAGCCAUUGGAAUAUCCAGCCUGACCCAGAAAGGUGCGAUCAUUGAGUUGGAGGUGACGGCGGCAAGUGAUUAA